CUCCCGCUCUACCUGCCGACGUCAGUCAGUCAGUCAGUGGGCGGCGGCGGCGCUGCGCGGAGGCUGUCCCUGUCCCUGUCCCUGGGCGCCGGGAGUGCGGGCGCGAUGCCGGCGGGGCUGAGGGUGUCCGGGGCCGGGGGGUCGGGCCCGGGUCUGGGUCUGCGCUGGCUGCACCGCCACCGGGCCAGCGUGGGCUUCGGCCUGCUGGCCCUCGCCUACCUGCUGUACCUGGGCUGCGGGGCCCUGCUCUUCUCCUCGCUGGAGCUGCCGUACGAGGACGGGCUCCGCCGGGAGCUGAGGCAGCUCCGGAGCCGCUUCGUGCAGGACAACCCGUGCCUGGCGCCGGACUCGCUGGAGCGCUUCCUCGCCCGCGUCCUGGAGGCCAACAACUACGGCGUGUCGGUGCUGAACAACAGCAGCGGCAAGUGGAACUGGGACUUCACCUCCUCGCUCUUCUUCGCCGCCACCGUCCUCACCACCACCGGUUACGGUCACACAGUUCCCCUCUCUGACGGUGGCAAGGCCUUCUGCAUCAUCUACUCAGUCAUUGGGAUCCCCUUCACCCUCCUGUUCCUCACCUCCGUCGUACAGCGGGUCAUGGCGCUGGUGACCAGGCGCCCGGUCCAUUACAUCCACACCCGGUGGGGCUACCCCAAGCAAAGUGUCGCCCUGGUCCACGCCUUCCUGUUGGGGCUGCUUCUCAUCCUGUGCUUCUUCCUCAUCCCGGCGGCGAUCUUCACCCAGCUGGAGCACGACUGGACCUUCCUGGAAUCCAUCUACUUCUGCUUCAUCUCUCUCAGCACCAUCGGCCUGGGCGAUUACGUGCCAGGAGAGGUCCAGCACCAGAGACUGCGCGAGCUGUACAAGUUGGGCAUCACCGUCUACCUCAUGAUUGGUCUGACCGCUGUACUUGUUGUCCUGGAAACCUUCUGCGAGCUUCACAAGCUCAAAGAACUCAAAAGGAUCUUCUAUGUGAAGAAGGACAAGGCGGAGGAUGAGAUUAAGAUUCUGGACCACGAUCAGCUCUCGUUCCCCUCGGUCGUGGACUCCGUGCCCAUCACCAGAGAGCAGCAGAAACUCAGUGAGCCCUUCGUCUCGGGCCUGGGGCCCUACCAGUUUACAGAGGACUCUGCCAAUCGGUGACUGCGUCUCCAGGCACACGCCACCCCCUGAGCCAUGGUUGGCCAAUCCUUGCCUGGUGUCAAGGGGCAAAUCUGCAUGUAAUUAGCAUAGGUUCUAAAGCAAUCUGCUAGUUUUAAUCAUAUCAUUAUAAAGAAAUUAGAAAUAUGACGAAAAUGAAGUGUGUAAAUAGUGAUGAGAAAGGACUGUGUGCGUUCAGGUUAUCGAGGACACCAGAGAGUAUGUUCAGACAUGAAGAAUAACCUGGGGUGGACCCCUUCCCUCUCCUCUGAAACACUUGGAGAGCCCAUUUCAGCAUCUCCCCCUUGACCUCCGUUACAAUGUAAGGGCAGAUAAAACCAACCCCAAAGGAAGCUCUCCCUCAACCAUAGAGAAGUAAUGUUUAACAAUUUAUAAAAAAAAUAAUUGUGAUGGGAAUUUUCACUGACUAUUUUGGGGGUGGUAAGUGUUCAGACCAGCUCUGGCUCUGUGCUCUCCACACUGCUCCUAGACCAGAGCAGGGUGCACCCUUCCAUUGCAAUCAGGGCUGGGUCUGUGUUGGAAAAUACACAAAAAAGAUCAUUCAAUAUGCUAACCACAUCUCCACACAGCAUUGUGAUGAAAAGCACCUGAGACUGAUAAGAAAGAACAAUUACUAAAGAUGGAGAGAGGGGAAACUAGUCCUGCCAUUCGUAGGAACAGACACUUGUACAUACGUCAGACUUCUGAAUUUAAUAAUAUUAUGGGAGCUCGUAUGUAUGUGUGUCCAUAAGUCAGCCAUCCAUAAUCUGGGAACAGUCUGUAGUAUAUUCCUUUGUGGUCAAAAUUCUGUCAGCCGGUUUAAUUUUUCCCAGUUCCCUUUUUGUGAUUUGUGUGCUGGACUUAUGAAGUUUCAUGUCAACCCUGCUCUCUCGUUCCUGGGUCCAACAUUAUCAACCCCUCCCGAUGCAGGGCUUUGAUUCUUCUCACACUACAGAUGCUGCUCGACCCGCUGAGUUCCUCCAGCAGAUUGUUUGUUGUUCCAGAUUCCAGCUUCUGCAGUCUCCUGUGUCUCCAACAUUAUCUGUUGUUCCUUGGCUGCACUGUGGGAGUGCCUUCACCUGAAGGACUGUUGCAGUUCAGGAAGGCCGCUCGUCACAACCUUCUCAAGAGCAAUAAAUGUUGUGCUAGCGAUGUCCAUUUCCCUCUCCGAGAGGGGAAAAAUGAACAUUUGAUUGUUGAAUCACUGCACCUACUCUGCAUUCAUUUCUGGUCGCCCCAUUAUAGGAAGGACGUGGAGGCUCUGGAGAGGGUGCAGAAGAGGUUUACCAGGAUGCUGCCUGGAUUAGAGGGAAUGUGCUAUAAGGGGAGGUUGGACAAACUCGGGUUGUUUUCUCUGGAGUGCCAGAGGCUGAGGGGAGACCUGAUAGAUAUAAGAUUACUAGAGGCAUAGAUAGAGAGCAGACAGCCGGUAUCUUUUCCCCAGGGUCGAAAUGUCUAAUACCAGAGGGCACGCAUUUAAGGUGAGAGGGAGUAAGUUCAAAGGAGAUGUGUGGGGCAAGUUUUUCACACAGAGAGUGGUGGGUGCCUGGAAUGCGCUGCCAGGGGUGGUGGUGGUGGAGGCAGAUACAAAUAGAGGUAUUUAAGGGGCUCUUAGAUAGGCACAUGAAUGUGCAGAGGAUUGAGGUAUAUGGACAUUGUGUAGGCAGAAGGGAUUAUUUUGGUUAGGAAUUUAAAUACUAGUUUAAUUAGUUCAGCACAACAUUGUGGGCCAAAGGGCCUGUUCCUGUGCUGUACUGUUCUAUGUUCUACUCCCUGCCAGUACCACUGGGAAUCGAGGAUCCAGGGCUGUGGUGGGAAUUGGCCUUUGAUUGGGAAUUUUGCACUUAAGGCACAGAACCAGGCCCUUCGGCCCAUGGAGACUCUACUGUACAUCAAGCACCUAUUAUUACACUAAUCCUUUGGUAACCCAUUGUAUUCUCCCCACAUUCACCUCCACCCCUCCCCAGACUCUACCACUCACCCGCGCAUCAGGGACGACUUACAGCGGCCUAUCAACUUGCUGACCCCCGCGUUCUUAGGUCAUGGGAGGAAACCGGAGCACCCGGAGGAAGCCCACGCUGUCACAGGGAGAACAUGCAAACUCCACACAGACAGCACCUGAGGCCAGGAUUGAACCGGGGUCUCUGGACCUGUGACACAGCAGCUCCACCGGCUGCGCCACUGUGAUGCCCCUAAAUCGAGGAAUAUUUUUAUAGGGGAGGUGAUGUUGAGGUCUGACUGGCUCCUCUAGUCUGGCUCCUCUACUCACAUAAUAAUUUGAUUUUAUCUGCUCUGAUGUGAAGGAAUAAUGUUUAUGUCUUUUUAAUUUAAAACAAACUGAAGUACCUUGACUGUGGUUUGGUGAAUGAACCUUCUCUGUUUAGAAGUGUUUCCUACCUCAAGUGAAGAUGUAUAAAUCUAAAAAUGCACUCAAAAGAUAACGGAGCAAGUAAGUUGUUCGGUAGUGAUGAAGCACUUCUUAAUGAUGAGCUCUGUGGGCCCAAACUUGAGUCCCAUGGCUUGGGGUUAGUUGCCACACAAUGGGGACUAGUAGGCCUGACACUUGCUAAUAAGAAGCAGGUCCCACUGCUGAGCGUUCAAACCCACCUGGUACAAGUGAUGGGUCCCUCUCAAUGUAACCGGACUGCUGUGAUGUAGGAAGCACCUCCAUUAUCACCUUGGGUCAGACCAGGACCUCACUGAUUAUUCCCAGAGCCUCUGGGUUCCACAGAUAUAAUUUGGCACUCAUCUCCGGCAGGUGCUUCUGUACAGUAUCUGUGGGACUGGUUGGAAGGAGGGAAGAAACAGAGGUAAAGAGCCCCCUUCAUCCUGCUCCAUUCACCGGAAGCAUGGCUGAUCCAACCUUGACCUCAGCACCAUUCUCCCACUCCGUCCCUGUGCUCAUUGACUCCCUUGUAGUUGGCGGUGGGGUUGGGGGCGGGGGGGGAUCCAGUUUAAGUCCACAUGGGAGCAGGCAGAAUUUGAAUAAUGAAGGAAAUCUCUCUCCGGUUAUAGGGGAGGAAGUAAAAUAAGGGUGGUGAUGGUGAGAUCAAGGUGGUUAGUCUUUAGGAGAGGUGCUUGUGCUGGGCUACAGAGAACGUGGGGAACUGUAUCAGGAAUUAUAUUCAAGAGGUCAACCAAGAUGUCCCACUAAUGUGGGAGAGCGUAGCACAUUUGUCAUUUUUGUAUUAUUAAGCAAUCAACUCGUGCUGACUGAACCCCACCAUUGUUGCUCUGUAUGUUCCAUUGUGAAAUAAAGCAGUUGUACUGGUUCAGAA